CGUCUCCUCCCUUGGAUCCCCCCUCGCCGGCGCGGGCCUCGUUGUCAGUGGCUGUAAGCGGGCGGGCUGCGGCUCUCUCCUGCUGCCGGGCCGCCGAUAUCGAGAAGGUUCGCGGGCGUCGCCCGGGGCCGCGGGCUCUGGGACAGAAAUUUCUCCAAAAUAAAUAUUUAGAUACUUUCUGAAGGAACAUGUUAAACCAAAGAAAUUGAGAAGAUGGAAACUUUGUGGAAGCUUUCCUAGUUCCUUUAGCAGAUGGUACAAAAUGUAAGGAUUUUGAUAUAUUCUACAGUUGUUUAUGGCAUGAUUUGAGUUAAGUCUUGAAGAAACCAAAACGAGAUGGUGUUUACCGAUAACCACAGCCAUAUCUGACUGGGAAUUUUACUGACUGUGUGAGCAAGAGAUGCAGGUAAUUCGCAGGAAUGUCAUGCUUGUAAACAAGAUAAAAACUACUCUAUGGUCAGAGGUGUCGAGUCUGAACAAUGGCCUACUGAAGAUGUGUGGCAAAAUGGGUUGAAUGAGUGCAGAACUACUUUAUUCUUGCUGGUGGAGCUGAAAAUUGUUGCUUCUUGGUGCGAGCAUGUAUAAAAGGAAUGACUUCAUGGCCAAUGUGAUGGUCGCCUCUGCCACUCCAGAGGGUAGUAGCAGCUCAGAUUCUCUGGAAGGCCGAAGUUCAGAUUAUGCCAAUAAGAGUUAUGAUGCUGUUGUAUUUGAUGUAUUAAAAGUAACUCCUGAGGAGUUUGCUAGCCAAAUUACAUUAAUGGAUAUACCAGUAUUUAAAGCUAUACAGCCUGAGGAACUAGCCAGCUGUGGAUGGAAUAAGAAAGAAAAGCAUAUCCUUGCUCCAAAUAUUGUUGCCUUCACUAGGAGGUUUAACCAGGUCAGUUUCUGGGUUGUACGAGAAAUAUUAACAGCACAGACAUUAAAAAUAAGGGCAGAAAUACUGAGCCAUUUUGUGAAAACUGCUAAAAAGCUUCUAGAGCUGAAUAAUCUCCAUUCUCUUAUGUCUGUGGUGUCAGCACUGCAAAGUGCACCCAUCUUCAGACUGACCAAAACCUGGGCUCUUUUGAAUCGCAAAGAUAAGGCCACUUUUGAGAAGUUAGACUACUUACUUUCUAAAGAAGACAAUUAUAAAAGAACACGAGAGUACAUCAGAAGCUUAAAAAUGGUUCCAAGUAUUCCAUAUUUAGGAAUUUAUCUCUUCGACUUAAUCUACAUUGAUUCUGCAUAUCCUGCUUCAGGCAGCAUUAUGGAAAAUGAACAAAGAUCCAAUCAAAUGAACAAUAUUCUCCGAAUAAUAGCUGAUCUGCAAGUCUCCUGUAACUAUGAACAUCUUACAACACUACCCCAUGUACAGAAGUAUUUGAAGUCUGUCCGUUACAUCGAGGAACUUCAGAAAUUUGUGGAAGAUGACAAUUACAAAUUAUCAUUAAGAAUUGAGCCAGGUAACAGCUCUCCUCGACUGGUUUCCUCCAAAGAAGAUCUGACAGGUCCAGCUGAAGUGUCAGCAGUUAUGAAAUUCAGCAGGAGACCAACAUGUCCCGAUACCUCAGUAGCAGCAAGUCUGUCUACGCCUCCUAUACCAAGGCAUAGGAAGAGUCACAGCCUGGGAAACAACAUGAUGUGUCAGUUCAGUGUGGUGGAGAGCAAAAGCGCCACUUUCCCGACAGAGAGGCCGCGCCACCUUCUGGAUGACAGCGUCCUGGAGUCACAGAGCCCGACCCGCAGCCACAUGCUGAACUCGCUUUUCACCAAUGGCAUUUCCAUAGAUAGCAGUGAAAGCUCAGAAUUUAGUGAGGAGCUGCCGUCAGGGCUUGAAAGGGGCCGUUUAUAUGCCACACUGGGGCCGAAUUGGAGGGUGCCAAUCCGGAAUUCUCCCAGGAGUCGAAGCUGUAUCUACAGCCCAACAGGAGCCUGCAGCUGCACAUUAGGUAGUUCCAUGGGAGUAGUUACCAUGGAAGGCCCCUUAAGAAGGAAAACAUUGCUCAAAGAAGGCAAGAGACCUACUCUUUCUUCAUGGACUAGAUACUGGAUUAUGCUUUCAGGAUCAAAUCUUCUGUACUUUGGAGCAAAAUCUUUAAGAGGCAAUGAAAGAAAACAUUAUAAAUCUACACCUAGUAAAAAGAUAUCCAUUGUGGGCUGGAUGGUGGCACUGCCUGAUGACCCUGAACAUCCUGAUAUUUUUCAGCUAAAUAACCCUGACAAAGGUAAUGUUUACAAGUUCCAGACUGGUUCAAGGUUUCAUGCAAUAUUAUGGCAUAAGCAUUUGGAUGAUGCGUGCAAAAGCAACAAGCCUCAGCCUUCUCCAGGCUGAAUGUGCCCAGCUCUCUCAGUAUGUCUUCAUAUGGGAAGUGCUCCAUUCCUCCAGUCAUCUUCAUGGCCCUCCUCUGGACCCUCUCCAACAGCUCCACAUCUUCCCUGUACUGGAGGCCUGUAUGGGAACUACUGAAUCAUGGCCUGAAUCUCUGAUUGACCACCUGAGGUGAGCAAUGAGUCAUCCCUGGGAGCACAGGUGAAGGCAAUUCACCUGUGCUAUGAGAAGGGGAGCCUUGCUCCACCUCUUCUAGAUCCCAUUUAAAUGCUGACUAUCACUGGGGAAGGAUUUCUUUUGGAGUUUUCUCAGCGAGCCCAGGAUAAGGGUAAGCUUUCCAUCCAUUCUUCUUUAGCAUGGUCACCUGUUUAGCCUAACUUUUUUGUAUGUUUCUUAAUUAUAAUGUCAGUAUAUUGAUUGAUUAUACAGGGCCCCACACCUGGUUGCAGUAUUCCAGAUGGAGCAUCAUGAGGGCAGAGUACAGAGGGACAGUCACCUCCCCAUCCCUGCCUGCCACCCCUCUUCUGAAGGAUCUCGGGAUACUAUUGGCCUUCUGUGCUGCAAGAGCACACCUCUGGUUCAUGAUCAGUUUUUCAUCCACCAGGAUCCCGAAGUCCUUCUCUGCAGGGCUACCCUCAAGGAGUUCUUCUCCCAGUCUGUAUAUAUAUCUGGGACUACUCCAACCCAAGUGUGAAACUUUGCACUUUGCUACGUUGAACCUCAUUAAGUUCACGCAGGCUCACCUUUGAAGUUUGUUGAGGUCCUGGAUGGUGUCCCUUCCAUCUGUGUCAACCACAGCACUUGGCUUGAUGCCCAAGGGAGCAAUUUUCAAAAUUAAAAAAAAAAAACAAAAAAAAAACUAUAAUUGAUCCAAGAAGGGUGAUUGAAGGAUCCAUCCACUGUAUUCUAGAGGUGUUUGCAUGUGGCUGGGAAGAGCCCAGUGAUAUUGUUACAUAACAUUGCAGAAAAGCUUACAAAUCAAAUUCAUAAUAUAAUUCUCAACAGGGAUGUAUCAUUUUGGUGAUGUAAUAUACAUCUUUGGCUGUGAAAGUGAAACUUACUAAGUAAGUUAAGAGUUUCAAGUGCAGCAAUGAAAUUUAGAGUUCUUGCAAGAGACAUUUAAUGCUAUGUUCUCUGUAACAUGCAAUCAUGAAGGUAAUCUGUCUACCAGAAGAAGAAAACUAAAAUGUAUGGAACUCAACAUUACAAGUUAGUGUUGCAGAUCCAGCAUGAAUGUAAGAAUACCAGCACAAUUUUACUACAGGAAUGAUUCAGCUAGCAACUGCUGUGUAAUUUACUGGUGCAAAUUACUAGACUUCAUCAUUAUGUAAUAAUCAAAUUUCCCUUCACUUAAAAUUUAUUAGUGUUUGUUUUGGCAGGUUUUUUUUUUUUUUUUUUUUUUUUAUUUCUCUAUUUUACACAAGAUAAUUACAUAUCUGACUGUCUCUGGGGUGAAGUCCGCAGUUUUCUCCAACACAACUUGGCUCCACUGUGAUCUCUACAGUACUUCGUGUGCUAUUUGCUCGUCAUCUCUGUAUGCUGAUGAGUGAGCAUGUCCCCUUGCACGGCUGCUGGAUCGAUGUGAGCGGGCUCGUGCAUUGCACGAAGGGCUCUGCCGUACGGCAGUUCGGUGGUCCCGUUCUGCUUCCGGAUCGGUUUUGGGCCGAGACACGAGAGACGUCACUCCGCCUCGCGCUCUUGCCUAGGAUCUCCCCGACGGCUGCAUCGGGAACCUGCGCGGGCGGCUGCAGCGAAGGCGCUUCGCUUUGCGGCGUCCCAGAGGCGCGAGCGAGUUCCUCGCCGCGGCCCGGCUGGCUCUCGCGGGGGGCUACGCCAGGCCGCGCCGUCACGCUAUGACUCAGCCCCGGGCGAGGGGUGCAUGAGUACGGGAGAACGGCUCCACCCGGACCGGCGGGGGUGAGCGCGCAGGAGCUAGAGCAGCGCGGGUCCUUCUGGGCCCCGCAGGGCGGAGCACGUGGUUCCGCAGCCGCUCGCAGGGCGUCCCGCGGCCGUAGCGCUGCCCAAGGCACUCGAAUCCCAACUCGGCCGCCACCGCCUUCCCCAGCGGCAGGUGGCAGGGGCGGGCGGCCCCGACUUUCCUCCCUCUGCGGCAGCGGAGGCCGUAGCGGAGCCGGCACAGAGGUACUCGGAGUAGCUGCUGCUGUUGGUGAUGCAGAGUUAGCUCGGGAGGGGCACGAGGGCUCCCCUUCUGCUCUCGUAUCCGCACGAGGCUCCGACGGCAGCAGCGCUGCUGCAGUGGGAAAGGCGAAGUCGCGGAGCGGUGAACGUGGGGCGCGGAGAAGGGUGCGCUGCUGCCGAGACGUUCGUCAGUUGGUUCUGCCGCGCGGUAAGUAAGGGCUUCUGUCUUUAGGUUCCUAUACGGGAUUCUAUAAUGUGCACCACUUGGAAAAGGGACUCGUUUACCAGGAGCAAGGCUAUUGUUUUAGUUAAAGAAACAGCAAAUAAGAAAGGUGAUAGUCCUGUUUUGGGGAUACUGUUGCUAACAUCUGAACGGUAUGUUUUAAAUAUUUGAUAAUCAUAAAAGACAAAUUUUUAAUAUAUAUAUCUCUGUUUGAAGAAACUCCAAGUGUGGGAGUGUAAUUUUACAUUUAGAGAAUGCAUAGCUUAUUGAGAGAACAGUUUCAGUGUGUUGUGGUUAACCCUGAUAGGCAGCAAAGCCCCCCGCAGAUGCACUGUUACCACAUCUCCACCCUCCCCCGGCAGAGGAUACAGAAGUGGAAAGGUAAAAAUGAGAAAACAUGGGCUUAGCCAUGUUAAAGGCAGUGUUACAGAUAAAGCAAAACUUCCUGAAUAACCAACAAGGAAUUCAUUUGCUACUUCCCAUCAUAAAGCUACUGUUUAGCCAUUUGCAGGAAAGCAGGGCUUCAUCAUGAGUAACAGUUACUUGGGAAAACAAACGCUAUAACUGUGUUCUCCCCUCUGGUCUGCUUUGGGGCAGCCAUCCCAGCUGUCUUUACUCCACAUUUCUCGUACACCUCCAACUGACUGCUCACAGAUGCCCAAGGUGAGAAUCAGGAAAGGCCUCAGCUCUGUGUCAGCGCUGUUCAUGAGUAACUAAAACAUUUUGUUACCAACACUGUUCCAGUCACAAAUCUUAUUUGCUACAAUGAAGAAAAUUAAAUCUCUCCCAGCCAAUACUGAUACAGAUUAUGAGUUGAAGUGACAAUAUUAAAUGUUGUUGUGAAACUUUUGCUGGUCUGUUUCUGUCCAAGAUUGCAAAGCCUAUUUGUUUACAAAACGAGAAAUUGGUGUUUUUUUUGUUUUACAGCAGAGUGUUUAUGUGUGUUCCAAGAAAGGUGUGGCUAGGGAAAGGUGAUGUUGCAAACUAAGUAGAUGAUAUUGGCUUCUUUGUAUUUAGGAAAGAAAUAACCGGUUUAAUUGUUAUAGAACAAUAUUUUACCAGCAAUUAAACACCAGUAAUUAAAUAAUUUAAACCUUCAAAAAUUAUGCUUCUGCCUUUGAUUCAUGUAAAAGAGGGAGAACACUGGCAUUUCAAAGAGAAGAAUUUAAACUAUCAUCAGAUAGUUAUUUAAAAAAAAAAAAAAAUCGUGAAAAUCUUGUUCAAGAUGUUGAAAUGUUUGUCAAUCUUUGAAACUUAUUUCAAUUUAAACACCAGCGUUUUGUGCCAUUGCUUUUGGCAAAGCUAUAAAGCAGAGAAGAGAGAAUGCUAUUUAUGACAAAUAAUAAAUUAAUAAGGCUUUUCACUAAUGGUGGACUUGUUUUAGGUAGAUCCCAGAUAAACCAAAUGUUAGAAUGUGUAGUGUUGCUGUUCUGUUAAUUCUACUGCUACUUUUUGGAGUCUGAAGUUUUGUAAUCACCUCUAUCAACUGACCCUUUGGAAUGCAUUUGUUUUGCCCUGACCCACCCUAAGGCUGGAAGGUAGAGGAAUAAGGUGAAAUUUAUUAGAAUAUAUAUAUAAACAUGUAUAUAGCAUGUAUAUAUUAGUGUGUAUAUAUAUGUGUGUGUGUGUGUGUGUGUGUAUGUGUGUAUAUAUAUAUAUAUAUAUAUAUAUAAACAAUGUAGACGUUGUGAAAAUUCUGAGAUGAGCAGCAUAAACUGUCUUCAGCUGUCUCAACACUGUAUUGAACAAAAGAUUGAGAUGUAUGGGAAUUCUAAAGCCACAUACAGGGCUUUAGAAAUUUUUAGAAGGACUGCAAAAAAAACAAAAACAGAAAAAAAAAAAACACAAACAAACAAAAAGCAUUAACUCAAUUGACAAGAAAUCUUUAUUAUGAGCUUGCAACAAAGGACAAGCUCAAAUGCAUCUGACCAAUGGUAUGCAUAUGCAAAAAGUAUAAAUCUUAGCAUAUAUUUUAAAAGAACAUUUCCAGUAACUGUAAAGUUUUUUCACUGUCAUUUGCAAAUAUUUCUGAUCACCUGUGCUAGAGACUAACUGAAACUUGGCCAUUUGCACAAAAGCAAUUGGUCAGGAGUGUUUCUUGUAAGAUAUUGGAACAUCCUGUAUUGCUUGAUGAAAAAGUAAUAAAAAUGAAGACUGAAAGGAGAUAUGACUGCAGUCCAUUAAUGCAGGAGGGAGGAAGAAAGGCUUUUUACUCUUAGUAGCAGUACUGAAGAAGAACUAACUGGUGCAAAGCAGUUAUAAUGAUAUCAUUAGAUUGAUUUAGUAUUAAAGCAAAUCUGAAUCAUAUUCUAUUUGAAUUGUAACUGGAAUUAAAGCACUAAGCCUGAAUGAAUUAUUAAAACAAAAUAAACUCUUUCAAAUAUGCUGGCAGCAUAUUUUUGAGGUUUUGAGGUACCAAGUACUCUCUAUACUGAGGAAGUAUAAAUGUACUGUUCCUUGUUAAUCUGACAUUAUAUAUUUCCUGACUAGAUUUCUCUGCUGUUAACCUCAGGAGACGCAAAUUCAUGAAUCGCGUGUCAGGAGGACUAUUAAUGUCAUUUACAAAAUAGCUAGGUAUUUAUUUUCUUCAGCAUUCAGUUUUCUGGGGUGUCUUGAGUUCUUUGUUCAGCUCUUUGUCUUUGCUUUUGGAAUCUGUUGUUGUUUUGAGAUGUCUCUCACACUUCCUCAUCAGAACAUGUAAUUACCUACCUCAAUUGAGCUGAUAGAAUGUUACAGAAAGAGAAACGUGCAUUACUGAAAACAAACAAACAAAAAAGCACAAACAUAUAUUUAAAAAGUUAUUUUCAAAUAUGCAUGUGAACUGCAGGAUUAAAUUUCCAGAAGAAAACUUACCGAAGUAGCACUAAAAUACCCCACCCAAGUGCCUAGUUUGAUUUGCUUGAACAACUCCAUAUUCAAGUUUGUAAUGUAAAUGAAAUUCUUGGGAGGCAGCUGUGUUCUUUGCGUAAGAGAAGUAAAACUUGUUUCUCAGGUAGGUGUGGUUACUAUUACGCACAUUACAGAACACCAACCAUUUGAAGUAGAAGGUACUGGCAAGUGUCUUAGGUAUUGUACUAGGAUUGUUUUUCCCUCAAUAUUGUACUAUUUUGAACAAUUCUUGCUCUUUAUCUUAGAGGAAAAAAAAAAAACAAAA